AUGGGGAAUGACCAACAGCGAGCCACAGCGGCUCGAAUGAAAGAGGUGGUGACUGCUGAGCAGGCUAGCUUCGUUGUCAACGUUGGUGAUAAUUUCUACAAAGAUGAAUUGACCCCAUCUGGGCAGCGCCAGGGUGGUGUAACAAGUCUGACCGACCCACUAUGGAAGCAGUAUUUUGAGAACAUGUACAAUGAAUCACUGAAGGAUGUGAAGUUCGUGACGGUCUUGGGUAACCAUGACUAUAUGGGCAACACCACAGCACAGUUACUGUACAAUGCACUGGAUCCAAGGUGGGUGAUACCUGCACGCUAUUACACCUGGACGGUCCAGCUCACAGAGGAGUCAGCUACGUUUGUACACUUGGACACGAAUGUCUUCAUCGAGGAUUACAUUGAUCAUCCUGAGAACGAAUGGAUGAAGUCUCAGCUUGCUCAGCAGGACUACAAGGCUCAGCUUGCCUGGCUCGACAGAACGCUGGCAGCUUCUAAAUCGAAAUGGAAGAUUGCUGUUGGCCAUCACCCGAUCGUCUCUCAUGCUGGAAACACGCUCUACAAAUCUUCCAGCGGAGUGAGUAUGGAUCUUGUCCAAGAUGUGCUUUCAAAGCAUGGUGUGCAGAUGUACUUUUGUGGACAUGUGCAUGAUCUGGAGCAUUUGAAUCAGCAGAAUAUGGACUAUUUCAUCAGUGGUGGUGGCGGUUUCGGCAAAGUCUAUGAAAGCGACAGUGAAAUGGUGGAGAAGCUGCAGUUCCUGUCGAAAGAUGCUGGCUUCAUGGUGGUCAACGUGGACGACACUAAGAUGCAGGCGUCGUACAUAAACACAAAAGGAGAACACAUCUACAACAUCACAGUUACACCAUAA